AUGCGUGAGCCGAUCUCUCUUGACAAGCGAGUGGCGAUAGCCCUCUACCGCCUGAGCAGCUCUGCGGAGGACAGAACCGUAGCAAACCUGUUUAGCGUGGGACGCUCCUCUGUGAAUGAGAUUUUGAGGGAAUUUUGCGAAGUUGUGGUCGACGAGCUGGAGAGACGCGUUGUCAAAAUGCCUUCGGCAAGUGAAAUGCAAGAGCAUAUACAGGAGUUCGAAUCUUCGCUCCGAUUCCCACAAGCGAUGGGAGCACUUGACGGCUGCCACUUUGAGGUGUCGCCGCCAAAAGAGCACGCUACAGAUUACCACAACUAUGAGGGGUGGUACAGCAUGAUACUGCUUGCUCUGGUGGACCACCGAUACCGGUUUCGGUAUGUUAAUGUCGGGUCACCUGGACGCUGCCAUGACUCGUACGUGUACCACCGGUCCGGCUUGUAUAGAGCAGUCAGCAGCGAGCUGUUUCAGCUGACAAGGACAUGGGUGAUGGCGUCGAGCGACAAUGGCUGCAAGACUCACAAACAACCAUGCAGCAAACCCAAGAACCCUGCCAUCAAUGUAGCACAGUAG